GAGGCACCACUAAAAGUAGCCAUUAAUCUACUACUGCCACGAUUGCUAAAACCAUCACUCUCACUCACCAACGGGGAAAGAGAUCGUCUCAGAGAGAUGAGAAUCGGAGGAGCUGCCCUUCGGCCGAAGGCCGGCCCGGCUGGGGAGGACGAGCCGGAGCUGGCGGGGGCCCGGCCGGGGAGGAAGAAGGCGUCGGCGGCUGGGGUUCGGGCGUGGCUCACGGUGGACGCUGCCGGGGAGGCGCGGGUGGUGGAGGCCGGGCGGCACUCGGUGAUGCGGCGGACGGGGCUGCCGGCCAGGGACCUGCGGAUCCUGGACCCGCAGCUGUCGUACCCGUCGACGGUGCUGGGGCGGGAGCGGGCCAUCGUCGUCAACCUGGAGCAUAUCAAGGCCAUCAUUACCGCCCACGAGGUGCUCCUCCUCAACUACCGCGACCCCUCCGUUGCCCCCUUCGUCCAGGAACUCCAGCGCCGCCUCCUCCUCCACCACCGCCACCCCCAUCCCCGCCGACGACAAGAAGGUGGUGUUGGCAGCAGUGAGGAUUGGACUAAUGGAUAUGAUUUGGGGGAGCCAAAGUCAAGGACUGCUAGCCCUCCUCAAGGUUCUGACGAUCUUGAGUAUCCUGGAUCUCUUCAUGCAGAGUCAGAGACAGAUGAGAAAGGAAAGAGGGAGGAAAUUUCCAGCAAUGGGCCGAGAGAUCUUCCAUUUGAAUUCAUUGCACUGGAAGCUUGUCUAGAGGCUGCUUGCAGUUGCUUAGAGAAUGAGGCAACAACACUGGAGAAAGAAGCACAUCCAGCCUUGGAUAAGCUGACUUCGAAGAUAAGCACCCUUAACUUGGAACGUGUCCGCCAGAUCAAAAGCCGAUUGGUUACAAUAACAGGACGUGUUCAAAAGGUCAGAGAUGAACUUGAACACCUCUUGGAUGAUGAUGAUGAUAUGGCUGAGAUGUAUUUGACGGAAAAGUUGAUGCAGCAAAAUAUCUCUGAUGGUUCUUCUCAUUCUUCUAUAUAUAAUCGUGGUGAUGACAUGUAUGAUGACAGGCUGCAUGCUGAGAGUUUGUCGGAGGAGAAUGAUGUUGGCAAUAAUCAUGAAGAUGACUCGCAGAAUAUUGACCAUGACCGCUCACUGUCUGCGCCCAGUGUUAUCAAUGGGGAUGGCCAUGGAAACCAUACUUGCAGCACAAGAAGUGGUGUCAAACAUCUUGAUGUAGAAGAGCUUGAAAUGCUUUUGGAAGCCUAUUUUGUACAGAUUGACAGCACAUUAAACAAACUAUCCACGCUGAGGGAGUAUGUUGAUGAUACUGAGGAUUACAUCAACAUCAUGCUGGAUGACAAACAGAACCAUCUAUUACAAAUGGGGGUCAUGCUAACCACUGCAACCUUGAUAGUAAGCGCCUUUGUCGUACUAGCUGGCAUAUUUGGCAUGAACAUCCAAGUUGAUUUGUUUGAUGAGAAGAAGUCUGGUAUGCACGAGUUCUUGUGGACUGUGGGUGGUGGAGCUACGGGAAGUAUAUUUCUGUAUGUAAUUGCCAUUGCAUGGUGUAAGCAUAGACGUUUGCUUGAGUAAUACCUUUCAGCCAUCUUUAUUUAUACGAGUCCUUUUAGUUGGGACAAUACUAGGUUAGGAGUUCUUCAUUAUGUGUGUAUUUUGUGAACUUAUAUUAGAAGAGGCUUGGCCCUGGAGUUAGUGUACUGCUUUAUUGUCCUUGUGUUUUAUGUUGUAUGCAACAAAUAAAACUCCUACUGUUGUUGUAUGAAAAUUUUAUUGCCUUUGAACCGAUCUUAUGGCAAGAUCGUUUUUUUGUUUA